AUGAAAGUUUCUAUCACUUUACUUGCCUUGGGCUUAUUCAUCCUGCUUCUUGAGGCUAACCCAGGAAUCAAAGUGAAAAUCACACAAAAAGCAUUGGACUAUGGUAAUCAAUUUGGAGUAGAGCUUCUGAAGCAGAAAUUAAAAGAAAAGACCUUUGAAGACUGGAAUGGAGAAUCCACAUAUUUGUUUUCUGCACUCAAUUACACAAUUUCAAAGAUAAGAAUUGAUAACACGGAAUUUCCCAAUACAUCCUUGUCUCUCAUCUCUGGCACUGGGAUUAAACUAUUAGUUGAAAAUGCUUCAGCAAUAGCUACUGGAGAUUGGAGCGCGGAGACCUGGCUAUUCAAAGAUUCUGGAAGGGCGGCUGUCUUCAUUUCAGGAGUAAAUCUCACAGCAGUUGUCAACGUGUCUCGGAAUGUAUUCGGUCAUUUAAAAUUGUUGCUUGACAGCUGUAAAGCAUAUGUAGAUGAUAUGGACAUCAGAUUGAAUCAAUCUUAUAGACAUGAUUUAUUUUGCUCGGAUCAGAUGAUAGAACAGGAAGUCCAAGCUCAGAUUGGUAACUUUGCAGUAAUAGACUAUUCCCUGAUAAACUCUUCAACUAUCUUGGAAUCAUCAAUUAACUUGGAUUUAAAGGGAACAGUCUAUCCAGUGGAAGAAAUCACAGAGCCCCCCUUCAAACCAACUCCCUUUGUUCUUCUGAAUGAGAACAACUCUAUGUUCUAUAUAGGAAUCUCAGAAUAUCUCUUGCAGUCUGUUUCACUGGCUUUCCACGCUUCUGGGGCUUUUACUAUCUCUGCUGAGCAAGAGGAAAUGCUUUCUUCUUAUUUCAAUUUAACCACAGAUGCAUUGGAGAGCAUCAUUCCCACUAUUUCUCAUAUUUAUGCAAAGCCGCUUCCAGUAAUUAUGAACAUAAGAAUCAUUGAUGCACCUGUGAUUAGUCUGCAUGACAAUAAAUCAAUUCUGGACUUUUCUGCUUCUAUGGAAGUAUUGGCAAAGAUUCCAAACUCAACCACCCAAUCCAUGUUCACCUUGAACAUAACAACCAGAGCUCGUGCAGAUUUGACUAUAUUUAACCGGAGGUUGCUAACUACAUUGUGCUUGAACAGUUUCCACAUCUCCUUGGCUCAUUCCAAUGUUGGCCUCUUUGAGGCUUCGCUUCUGGAUAAUUUCUUGUCUUACAUUUUACAAACUGGAAUAAUUCCAGCAGUCAAUUUUAAACUAAAGGAUGGGUUUCCUCUGCCUAUCUUGGACCCAGUGAUUCUUAUGAAGCCCAGUAUUAGAAUUUAUGAGGGGUUCUUGCUGGUUUCCACUGAUAUUCAAAGUCUACAAUAAUGAGGAAAUCUUGAUCUCCAAGCAAAUGUUGACUUUUUUUUUUACUAUAGAUGCAUAAAAUGCAUAAGAGCCAAUAUGCAUUUGUGAGUGAGCAAAUAGAUGAAAUUUUUAAUAGUUUGACCAGAAGUUCAGAAAUGCAUAGUAUAUUGGU